ACAGUUAACCGAAGAAUCUGACCUCCAUCCGCACUUGCUGGGACCCCCACCUGGAAGCUUCUCUGCAGCAGGAGCAGGAGCUGUUACCCUUCUAAUCCUCACAGUGACCCCAGCCUAAUAAUACAAUGAUCCCCAAGUAGAACCAGGGGCCCGAGGCCCCCUCGUCAGCUGGGCUUCCACCUCCAAGCUCACGCCCUCAACCACUCUGCUGGGGUGAGCAAACCCAGGCCCCACAGCUGGCUAGCGGGACAUCCGUGUCCACGAUUGGCGCCGUGUGUUUUAAGUUGCAGCGUCAAAAACAUGAAGAGAUUGCUUUAGCAAAUAUUUACCCAGUCCUGACUCUGCACACGGCAUCGUUCUAGGAGCCCAAAGAUGUUAACUUGUUUAAUAAUCAAGCCCUGUGAAUCAGCAGUGGCCAAGCACACAGGUGUUCCCAGCUGCAUAUCUGGGAUACUGAGGAAAGGACCUGCCUGGCUGGGGGAAUCGGAGGCUUCUAGGAGGUGGCACUGUGCAUGCCAAGAUGGCUGUGUCCACAGAGGAGCUGGAGGCCACGGUUCAGGAAGUCCUGGGGAGACUGAAGAGCCACCAGUUUUUCCAGUCCACAUGGGACACUGUUGCCUUCAUUGUUUUCCUCACCUUCAUGGGCACCGUGCUGCUCCUGCUGCUGCUGGUCGUCGCCCACUGCUGCUGCUGCAGCUCCCCCGGGCCCCGCAGGGAAAGCCCCAGGAAGGUGAGCCCCUGGAAGGAAAGACCCAAGGGAGUGGAUAACUUGGCCCUGGAACCCUGACCCUGUGUGUCCUGCCCGGUGGCAGUAACAAAGCCUUCUGUCUGCCCAGA